GCCAGAGCGGGGCCCGAGGGGCUCGAGCUGAGGGGGCGGGGCCUCGGCGCACGCUCCCUGCAAGCCCGCCCCCCGCCCCGCGCUUCUCGCCCGGGAGCUGGCAGCCCGUUGCCCUGGUAACCGUGGCGCCGCGUCUCCCUGAGAGAGUUGCUGUCAGCCCGCGGAUCCCAUCGCCCGCUCCCCAUUGCCCCGCUAUUUUCGCGUGGGCUCAGAGGUGGAGGGACAAGAAAAAAUGGCGGAGCGGAGCCAGACGGCGCCUGAAGCAGGCAAUGAUACAGGAAAUGAUGAUGUCAUCGGAGGGAAUGUGAACAAACAUAUGGUGUUUCCAAGUGGAUUCUGUGGACAGCCCAAGAAAGGACAUCUUAUAUUUGAUGCUUGUUUUGAAAGUGGUAACCUUGGGCGAGUGGACCAGGUCUCUGAGUUUGAGUAUGAUCUGUUCAUUCGUCCGGAUACCUGUAAUCCACGCUUUCGAGUUUGGUUCAACUUUACUGUUGAAAAUGUGAAAGAAUCACAGAGAGUCAUUUUCAACAUUGUUAACUUUAGCAAAACCAAGAGUCUUUAUAGAGAUGGGAUGGCGCCUAUGGUGAAAUCUACCAGCAGACCAAAAUGGCAAAGACUGCCUCCUAAAAAUGUUUACUACUACCGCUGCCCAGAUCAUAGAAAGAAUUAUGUGAUGUCCUUUGCAUUUUGUUUUGACCGAGAAGAAGAUACUUACCAAUUUGCAUACUGCUAUCCCUAUACAUACACUCGCUUCCAGCAUUACCUUGACAGCCUGCAAAAGAGAAACAUGGAUUAUUUCUUUCGGGAGCAGCUUGGUCAGAGUGUGCAACAGCGGCAGCUUGAGCUCCUGACAAUAACCAGCCCUGAAAACCUUCGAGAAGGGGCAGAGCAGAAGGUAGUAUUUAUCACUGGGCGAGUGCAUCCUGGAGAAACACCCUCUUCAUUUGUUUGCCAAGGGAUCAUUGACUUCCUCAUAAGUCAGCACCCUGUUGCCCGUGUGCUACGGGAAUACUUGGUCUUCAAGAUUGCACCAAUGCUCAAUCCUGAUGGAGUUUACCUUGGCAAUUACAGGUGCUCUCUGAUGGGGUUUGACCUGAACCGUCACUGGCUGGAUCCCUCUCCAUGGGCCCACCCUACACUGCAUGGGGUGAAACAGCUCAUUGUCCAGAUGUACAACGAUCCGAAAACAAGCCUGGAGUUUUAUAUUGACAUCCACGCCCACUCCACCAUGAUGAAUGGCUUCAUGUAUGGCAACAUCUUUGAGGAUGAGGAACGGUUUCAGAGGCAGGCCAUUUUCCCCAAGCUCCUCUGCCAGAACGCUGAGGACUUCUCCUAUUCCAGCACAUCCUUUAACCGUGAUGCAGUCAAAGCAGGAACUGGUCGUCGAUUCCUCGGGGGACUGCUGGACCACACUUCCUACUGCUACACCCUGGAAGUCUCUUUCUACAGCUACAUUAUCGGGGGAACCACAGCUGCUGUGCCCUACACUGAAGAAGCCUAUAUGAAACUGGGAAGGAAUGUGGCGAGAACGUUUUUGGAUUAUUACAGGCUGAACCCCAUGGCGGAGAAAGUGGCGAUUCCUAUGCCGAAGCUGAGGAAAGAAAAACCCCCUUCCUACAAGCACACACCUCUGCGGGACUCGGCCAGCAGCUGUCCCAAUGGCAAAGAGGACAAGAAGAAUUCAGUGAACCACAAAGACCCUUCAAAUUCUUUUUAAAAACAUGAGAUUGAUCCAGAGAAGUCUUGUGGAGGCAGAUGUGCAUUUCCUGAUGGGGGUGGGAAUGUGUGUAAAGUUAAUCACUCAUCUCUAGUUUCUAAGAUAAGAAUUGUUGGGAUAAUUAAUAAGCUAGUAAAACAGAAAGGGGGAAUGAGAAAUUUCAUCAUUGACUUUUUUCCCUUUUACCAAUGGAAAAAUCAAUUGUGAAACUUCAGCUUAAGGCUCAGGAACAAAAUAGGGGACUCCAGGCAGGUGCAGGAGCUUUCUUCCAUGGCAUGGAGAUUCUUCCAGGAAAUAGGAAAACCUAUACACCCCUUUUAAAAGGUUUGACACAUCUCAGGUCAGUGCUUUUAAAGCUCCCUAAUUUUUUAAGUUAUAUAGUGACUUUAGUAGGUUACCUUUUAAAUAACCUCUGGCUGUUAACAGUUAGAAAUGCAUCAUCCACCUCAUUGAUCCCAAACAACUUCAACCACAUGUACAGUCCAAAGACUGUUUUCAACAAUGAGACAGAGUUUUAAAAAUUACUGUGGUGUUAGGUGCAUGGUCAAUGCAUUUGUGAGCUGCAUGCUUCCUAUUCCUCAAGUCUCAGGAUGCACCUUUAGAAAAUGAUCUUGAAAGCUAUUUCCCAAUAACCUGGGUAGUUUAAAACCUUAGUUCCAAAGACAAAACAGUCACUCAUUCUGGAGAAUAAAAAUAUGAUGCAUUUCUGUGUCAGGGGUCAAACCUGCCUACCAAAGAGGUGGGUAUUGCUAACUUCUCAGCUGGGGCUGGCUGCUGAUUGCCACCUAAGGCAUAUGCAAAAGACAAAAGAAUGCAGUCUCGGACAGGUCAAAAUGAUAAAAUGAAACAGCAGCAGUAGCAAUUCCCAGGGUGGGGCAAGCAAAAUAUUGUGCAUUUUUCUGAAGAGUAAAGUGCCUUUGUAUGAUGAAUGGGUCCAGGGAGGCAGCUCCCUUCCUGUCUGUAUAGCAGCAGGCUGAGUCACCAUGACAGCCCGCUAAUUAAAAUGACCUCCCGUAAAUGAGGAUUAGGAGAUAGGAAGAGGAAGGCAAGCUCAGGGGAGAUAGGGCCUUUAGCAAAAAAGCUCCUGUUACACAUUGUUUUCUUUGAGUUUGAGAUUUUUCUAAAUUUGUCAAAAAAAAUUGAGAGCAAAUCUUAGUUUCCCUUUGCUUAUUGGUUUUUGGAAAAGAUAACAAAGAACCAUUUGUUAGUUGGCAACAAAUGUUGUGUUGUAUAUACUCCCCCUGGCUUCUUGUUGCCCAGAGGAACAUAAAUAAAGUAUUUAUACAGCUUG